AUGUUAAAGCCACACGGAAUUGUCACGCUUGUUGAGUUCACCAAAAACCUGUUCUGGUUUGAUCUUGUCUUCGGACUCAUGGAUGGCUGGUGGUCGAUGACGGAUGGAAGAAAGCACGUUCUUGCCGACGAGUUCUUUUGGAAGAGAAGCUUCGAGCAGGCGGGGUUCGGGCACGUCGAUUGGACCGGAGGCGAGCUGGCUGAGUCUAACAUGCUUCGCAUCAUCACGGGAUUCAAAACGCGCCCCGAUGUUGGAGACAUCGUCCCGAAGAAACGCUUCGACAUCCAAACGGUGAUGUUCAAACAGACUGGACAGAAUCGCCUAUUUGCCGACGUAUAUCUUCCGCCUUCCGAUGAGUUGAUGUCACAAACAUGGUCAGUCGGUAAGUGA